GAAAUUCGGGAAAUGUGCUCGACCAGCGUUUACUUUGACAACGGUUAACAGUAUCAUGCAUGCAGGUCAAUGACUAACUGUGGACUUCUUUCAGGCAGCCACCAAAGGGGUGACAAUAGGUGCUAUCGCGACCAAUGGAGAAAGUGACUCGCCAUUGGUGGUGCUCGGUAGUGAUCAGUCCUUUUAGAACAAUGGUUCAAUUCAGUGGACCAUUUCUCUGGCAUGGAAAUGCGAAGUUACCACACAAUCCACACCGGCUGGGCAUUCACGAUAACUUCAAGGCAGUCCUCCAAUUUCUAAUUUCCCUGACUCACCUCAGAUAUGUACACAACCCCCAAGAAGGAUCCUCGCAGUAUCAUGGGGACCGACCGGAGGCCAAACCCACUACGCUAUGUAAAUCUCAAGGAGUGGGACGAUGGUGCAUACGGUGAUAUAUCAUUCCAAGAAUCCCAACCGGAUACCCUCGAGGAGCCAUGGCCAUAUAGAUUCCAGAGUGGCGACAGCGUGUGGAUUCACUCCACAGGUUAUGACUGGUAUCAAGGGAAAAUUUCUGGCCUGCCUAAGGCUGCCCAGACGAAGAUGGGUGAUGGACUUUUUUGGCCUGUCACCUAUAAUCGUAAUAAGCGCAGAUAUGCAGCACCUCUCAAUGGCGAAUUGAAGCCUGAUACUCCGCCUAUAAGGAAGAUGUUGGAGGAGGCGGGCAUUUUGUAGUAAGGGGCUAGCACCUACUCAAGGACUCGAUGAUUCUACACCGUAUCAGUAGUAUUUAUGUUCUAUGUACAUAUAUGAUGACCGGCAUUGCAUUGUAAUCUAUUUAUCGACACUGUAGUAUUUUGUUGUUCUUCCUUCAAAGAGUCGUUCUCGGCUCUGUA